CAAACCCUCAUCCUAAAGAAGAGAGAGAGAGAGAGAGAGAGAGACGGAGAUGGGAAAGCGAAAGCGUAGAUCGGAAACCCUAACCAUGGCGGAGCAUACGAACGCGGGAGAGGUGGCCAUGGGCGACGAGGAGGAGAAAGGGGACGUCGAGGUGGAGGAGGAGGAGGAAGACGAAGGGAGGGGCUUCUUUGCGUGUUACCUCCUCUGCUCCUUGAGCCCUCGCCACAAAGGUCGCACCUACAUCGGGUUUACAGUGAACCCUAGGCGGAGGAUCAGGCAACAUAAUGGUGAGAUAAGGUGCGGUGCAUGGAGGACUAAGCGUGGCCGGCCUUGGGAGAUGAUUCUCUGCAUCUAUGGCUUUCCCUCGAACGUAUCGGCACUUCAGUUUGAAUGGGCCUGGCAACACCCAACCGAGUCUUUAGCUGUUAGAAAAGCAGCUUCUAGUUUCAAAUCGCUCGGCGGUAUUGCUAAUAAGAUCAAACUGGCCUAUACAAUGCUUAACCUUCCAUCAUGGGAGAAUUUAAAUCUCACAGCGAAUUUCUUCUCGACAAAGUAUAUGAAGCUUUCUGCUGGUUGUCCGAAACUGCCGAAGCAAAUGAAGACCAGUAUUUGUUCCAUGGAUGACCUUCCCUGCUAUGUUGAGGGCCCAAUAAUAUACGAUUACAACGAAGAACAUGAAGAGGAGAAUAGGAACGAAGAAUUUGAUAUUCUCCAUCGAACGAAUUCCGGUGAUUACAUUGAACAUCUGGAGAAGCAUAAACCAACUUCAUCUGAAUCCAGCUUAACUCCGAGCUCGUGCGAUGAAGACGUUCGUUCCGGUGAUUACAUUGAACGGCUGGAGAAGCAUAAACCAACUUCAUCUGAAUCCAACUUAACUCCGAGCUCGUGCAAUGAAGACCCGUUUUAUAUCGACCAUUCCAAUAAUGAAGCCUCAUCUAAUAACCUAUUGCUCCAGCAGGAGAAUAAUGUCAUAGAUUUGUCGACGCCGUUGAGCUGCUCGAUCCGCUCCUUCUCAAGAGGGGCUUCAGUUUGUCCUCAGAUAAUUGAUUUAACCGGCUCCCCCAUCACCAUUCAUUUGUAAUAAAAUUGUAAUAAGGUUAGGAACUUCUGUUCCCUCUUGAAUGCUAUCGUCUUGUAAGAACAUUUGGCAUGAAAUCACUUAAAAUGAAUGCUUGAAAUAAGCAUAA